GUUGGGUAAAGGUAUGAUCAGCAGUAUUUUCAUCCUACCACCACAACCUACUAAACACAAGCUAUGUCAGUAGCAUAAUAAUGUGUGGUAGUAUACUAGAGUAUAACGUAGUGCUUUAUAUAAGUCUAUAAUCAUGUUUGGCCAUCAUAGAGUAAACAUAAAGCAAAUGAAACAAAGCUGAGUUUUUAAUAUUGUGAAGUUGUAAGAUGGCAGGGCUUAGUAAAAGAUGAGUUUGAUUUUUAAAAGGCAUAAAAGGCAAGAACUAGGGCAAUUAUAGGUCCUAAAGUACAUAUUUACAGAAUAAAGACUGAAGUUAAAGGAUUCCAGACGUGUGACUGGUAGAAACAACUGUAAUGCUAAGGAAUCUCACAUCAUUAUUCUUAAUUAUGCUAACUCUCAUAAUUGUGAGAAAACUAUGUAGAAAACUAUAGACAUAUAGUUGUGAGAUGUUGAAAACUAUGGACACCACACUCCAAAGGCUACAGGAAAAGGCUGUGAUUCAGGCUUUAGAGUUCCCCCUCACAUCACUUAUAAUCAGAAAUAACACAGGCAAGAAAUGCUUGCUAUUUCAGUUAAACACAACAGAGGAACUUUUUUUUAAUAGUCUUCUCUUGCUUUGAAUCAGUGUCAGAAUAUGUGAGAGGUAGGCUAGUGGUUAAGAGGGCUGGCUUUGGUGCCAGACAACUGGAUAUUGGAUUUUGUCUUUAGCAUUUAUCUCUGUGACCUUGUGCACAUUACUGAAGUUUUGUCUCAGUAUCUCCUCCUGAACAGUGGGAGUAAAAGAAGUUAUCUAGAGUUAUGUUGAAGAUUAAAUGAGUUAAUGAAUUCCAUGUAAUGAGUUUACAACACUGUAAUGUGCUUACAACAUUGUAAUGUGCUUACAACAAAGUGCUCCAUAAAAAAUAGCUAUUAUCAAUCAGACACAUGUAGAAGAUUCAUGGACAAAACUUAAAAUAAUAUGGAAGACCUGUAUAUGCAUUCCAAAGUAUAAAAUAUACAAAUUGAGGAAAAGUAUAUAUUAACAAGUACUUAUGAUAUAAAUUUGCCUGGAAAAACAUAAAAUAUGCAUCUAAGAGGUAAGUGGUAAAGAAAGAAUGGGGGGGGGAGGAAAGCAUUGGAAAAUCACAAAAGUUAGGAAGAAAUGUUAUGUGAAGUGACUUAUAUUAAAGUACAGCAGAUUCCAGGCCCUGACUCCCAGACUUUUAACUGGAGAGGUGUCCCCUGAUUCUGGAUCAGAUUAUUUCUUGAAUCAGAAAAUAUUCACAUUCCAUUAACUAUGGCCUGAAACCUCAAUCCCCUUGCCCUAAAAUUUUUAAGCAAAUUUUUCUUUCCUAGUCAGUCAAGUAGACUUAAAAGUUAUAAUUUAAAAUAUGUAUACUUAACAGUGUCAUAUUGUAUUAUGACACUAUUGUAUUCCAUAUGUUAUGUGUAAUUUUAGAUGACAUGUUGUAAUCACCUACUAUGCCUGUCAUCUAAUAGAUGUUAUCUAAUUUAGUUCUCACAACAAACUGCCAGAAUUAUAGCUUUGUCCUGCCCCUCGACCUAUUUUACUAGCUAAAAUUAGUAGCUGGGGUAGUCGAGACUAAAAAAAAAGUAACUUAAGUGGCAUGGUACUGAAUAUAUAUAAUUUAAAUUGGAUCUAGCUUUAUUAGAAUUCAGUUAUACUUCAAAAUAUUCAUUAAUGAAGAGAUUCCUAUAUAUCCACAUUUGAAAGUAAUUUGUCCCUAUAUUUUAUUUAACUGGAAGGCUGGAACUUUUUUUCAGCACAAUUUCCAGCUUCUGCUGUUACAUGAGCCUCAGCAGUAUGGCUCUCUCAGUGCCUGCUCCAUCAUUAAUAAAAUUAUUUAAUAUCCCUAUUCUUGCUGAUUCCAGGCUCUGUUCUAAGAAUAAAAAAAUAAUGUAAGUGAAAGUCAUGUGAUACAUCUACAUUUAAAAAACCAAAAUUCCCUGAAUCUUCUCCUUUUCUAAGCCUGCCAGGUAAUAUGGACACAUGGAGAUAGGUAAUUACUCAGCUGUGACCGAAUUCUUUCUGGUGGGACUUUCCCAAUACCCAGAGCUCCAGCUCUUUCUGCUUGUACUCUGUCUCAUCAUGUAUGUGAUAAUCCUCCUGGGAAAUAGCCUCCUCAUUAUCAUCAGUAUCCUUGAUUCUCGCCUUCACACUCCUAUGUAUUUCUUCCUUGGGAACCUCUCAUUCUUGGACAUCUGCUACACAUCAUCGUCUGUUCCCCCAGUGCUCAUCAUACUUAGGUCUGAGAGAAAAUCCAUCUCCUUCAUUGGCUGUGCUCUGCAGAUGGUUGUCUCUCUUGGUUUGGGCUCCACUGAGUGUGUCCUCCUGGCUGUGAUGGCCUAUGACCGGUAUGUGGCUAUCUGCAACCCACUGAGGUACUCCAUCAUCAUGAACAGGGUGCUUUAUGUGCACAUGGCUGCCUGGUCUUGGAUCAUAGGCUAUCUAAACUCCUUAGUACAAACCGUCCUAAUAAUGGCAUUGCCCUUCUGUGGGAAUAACAUCAUUGACCACCUUACCUGUGAGAUUCUGGCUCUUCUUAAACUCAUAUGUGCAGACAUCUCCAUAAAUGUGCUUAUCAUGACAGUGGCAAGUACUGUUUUAUUGAUGAUUCCUCUACUGUUAAUUUUUAUCUCCUAUGUUUUCAUCCUCUCUUCCAUCCUAAGAAUUAAUUCUGCUGAAGGAAGAACAAAAGCCUUUUCUACCUGUUCAGCCCACCUGACUGUAGUCAUCUUAUUCUAUGGUUCUGCCCUUUUUAUGUACAUGAAGCCCAAGUCAAAGGACACAAAAGCAUCUGAUGAAAUCAUUGGACUGUCUUAUGGAGUAGUAACCCCAAUGUUGAACCCCAUCAUCUACAGCCUGAGGAAUAAAGAAGUAAAAGAAGCAGUGAAGAAAGUCCUGAGCAGAUACCUGCAUUUUUUGAAACCAUGAGAGGACUUGAGACAUGUGAUAUCCUCAAUGUGGGACCAGAUCAAAUCUUUUACAUUCACAAGUGAAGUCAUGAACACAGUCUGCUUGUAAACCUAAAUAUGGGUCUCCUUUCGUCACAACACAGAACAAUCAUGUAAAACCUUCUGAA